UACUGCCGUAAGGUUAUUGGAUCGAAAGUUCGUAAAUAACACCCACUGCUUUCUGCUGCUCGAACGUCAAUUUUGAUAAAAAAGUAUUUGGAAAAAUGGUCAAACUUGAUGGUGAUAAAUUUGAAAAAUGUUCGAUCGAGAGAAAGACAGUCAAUUACGAUGACAACUCCGGUAGAUUUGCCAAAGAAGGUGAUGAAUACACCAAACAGUACGCCAGUCUGUACGUCAAACGAUUGGAAGAGCUCGCGUCUGUUUUGAAAGUUAAACUAAAAGUCAAAUGGGGCUCAGACGUGAACUUGAUUCCAUUAUCCGACCUAGAAGAGCAGGAAGGAAGAAAAUGUGCCAUUAUUGGUACUCUGUUUAAACAUCAACCAAAUAAACCUUCUAUUUUAAAGGAACUCAGCGAAGAGCAUCAAAUGUCAAUGCCAGCUCCUUUAGUCGAUUAUUGUUCAGAUGAAGACCAAUUGUUUUUAGAAGAUCAAACAUCACGAGUAAGACUGACUGGCGAUAAUGUCAAUGUUAAAAUGUCUGUCACUGGAGUGGUUUGUGCAGUACUUGGAGCAGAGAAUAGUAAAAGUACAUUUGAGGUUGAAGAAUGGUGUUUUUGUGAUUGUCCAAUGCAAUCAACGAUUAAAUCCAAAAAUUCAGGAAAGAUAGUAUUUGUUUCUGGUUUAGAACUUGCAACAAAUCCACCAGACUUACCUGUAAGCUUAUUUGAACAAUGGGUCUGUGGCUUGGCUGGAAAUCCAGAAAUGCAAGAAGAGAUGGCUUCUGUAGUAAGAGUUGUUAUAGCAGGUAAUAGCAUAAAGGGUUCUAAAGAUGUACAUGUAAGUCGAGGUUUAGUUAGUGGAAGAAAAGAAGAUGCUGCAGCUGCCCUAGAAAUGACAACAGGUACCAAACGAUUGGAUGCACUGUUAGAGUCUUUGGGAAGUAACUGUUGCGUCACUCUUAUGCCUGGUCAGUUUGAUGUCACAACUCUUAUGAUGCCUCAAAAAUCAAUGCACCCUGGAUCAUUUCCAAGAGCCAGAAGAUAUAAAAGUAUUAAAGGUGUAUCAAAUCCUUGGAUAGGAAAAGUAGCUGAUAAGGUAAUUGUUGGCACAAGUGGUCAACCUAUCCAAGACAUUAUUAAAGUAUGUGGUCUUGAUACCAAACAACCUCUGGAAUGGUUGGAAAAAACAUUAGAAUGGAGACAUAUGUGUCCCACAGCGCCUGAUACAAUACCAUGUAUGCCAUUCUAUAAAAAUGAUCCAUUCAUUUUGAAGGAAUGUCCUCACAUUUAUUUUGUGGGCAACAUGGACAAAUUUGAAACAAAAUUAUACAAAGGUAAAGAUGGACAGAGAGUACGUCUGGUUUGCAUACCAAAGUUUGCCCAUACCAAAACAGUUGUUUUAGUUGAUUUAGAUACUCUUGACGCCACACCAGUAUCAUUCGGUUCCAAUUUAGAUUAAAUCUUAUAAUAAAGCUGUACUCUUUAGUGUUAUAUAUUUUUUAUAUUUUUAAUAAUUUUUUUUUGAAACAAUGAACAAUAAAUUCUUUUUUGAU